AUCUUGAUCUUCUUGAUUCCAAAAACCAAUGUUACCUCCACAGAUCCAGGUUUUCUCUGUUAUCUCUCUCCUUCUCUCUCCUUCCCUCUCUUGACCUUGAUAGGUGAGGUGGGAGGAGAGAGCGACCAUUGAUUUGGAGCUUGCAGUAGCUGAAAAAACCCUCAUUCUUUCGAUUUUUGAUCGAUCCAUGUGGGAAAGAGCACUACCCAGAUGCCUCAUUUUGGUUAGCGUGAUAAAAGAGUCUCAUUUUUUGGCUAGGCGAUGGACCUUCCAGCAUUGACUCCUUAGGAUGCCAAUAUUCAGAUCCCGGAUUCCUAUAACGAGAGACCCAUUUGAGCCUGAAUUGUUCUGUAAUUACUGUUUGUUUCUAAUAAGUGUUGUCGUGGAUCGUUUUCCAUGAUGUAAUCUUAGUUCCAUGGGAAUGCAUCCAGCAAGGAGUGAAAAAGUUAAGGAAAGUGCUAGGAUAUUGCCAUUUCAACCUCAUUUAGUUAAGCCAUCAAAAAAAGUAGAGGUAAAAAAUGCUGGAGGUGGAAUCAAGAGAAUCCAGUGGGCUUGAGGAUGACAUGUCAGUUGAAGUUCGAGAAGUCCGUGCAAAUGGGCUUUCCAUCAAAACCUCAGAAGUUGAAGCAAAACUUGAUGAGGGGAAUAUUUUGGAGGCAGAGUCUUCCUUGCGGGAGGGUUUGUCGCUCAAUUUUGAGGAAGCAAGAGCCCUUCUUGGAAGGUUGGAGUAUCAAAGGGGCAAUUUGGAAAGUGCACUUCGUGUUUUCGAUGGAAUUGACCUUCAGGCUGCUAUACAGAGGCUUCAACCUUCUCUUACUGAAAAGCCAUCUGCUUCUAGAAGGGGUCGCUCCCGUGGUGAAUCAGUGCACACAACUUCUCAGCAUGCUGCUAGUCUGGUUCUUGAAGCCAUAUACUUGAAAGCCAAGUCACUUCAAAAGCUUAGUCGAGCAAAUGAUGCUGCUCAGGAAUGCGCAAGUGUCCUUGAUGCUGUGGAGAGGAUUUUCCAUAAUGGCAUACCUGAUGUACUGGUGGACCAUAAGUUGCAAGAGACAGUAAGUAAAGCUGUGGAACUCCUCCCAGAGCUUUGGAAGCAAGCUGGUUGUUAUCAGGAAGCAAUGUCUGCUUACAGACGUGCUCUUCUUAGUCAGUGGAACCUUGACAAUGAAUGUUGUGCAAGAAUUCAGAAAGCAUUUGCUAUAUUUUUGCUGUACAGUGGUGUAGAGGCAGGGCCACCCAGUUUGGCUUUUCAGAUAGAUGGCUCUUAUGUUCCAAGAAACAACCUUGAAGAGGCGAUUCUUCUUUUGAUGAUUCUUUUGAGGAAGUGUUACCUAGCUCUUUGCUACAGUGCAGCAGGACAAAACAAAGUUGCCUUGAAUCUAUUAAGGAAGUUUCUACACAAGCAUGAGAGACCAGAUGAACCUCAUGUGCUGUUAUUGGCUGCCAGGAUUUGCAGUGAGGACUCUCUUUUUGCUUCUGAGGGAGUAGAGUAUGCGCAGAGAGCAAUUGCGAAUGCUCAAGGGGUGAAUGAGCAUUUAAAGGGUGUGGGCCUUCGAAUGUUGGGUCUUUGUUUGGGAAAACAAGCUAAGAUUGCUUCCUCAGAUGUUGAGAGAUCUCACCUUCAGUCUGAAGCUUUGAAAUCAUUAGUUGGGGCAAGGGCUUUUGAACGUGAAAACCCAGAUUUAAUUUUUGAGUUGGGUGUUCAGUAUGCAGAGCACCGGAACUCAAAUGCAGCCUUAAGGUAUGCAAAAUGGUUUAUAGAUGCAACUGGGGGUUCCAUAUUAAAAGGUUGGAGAUUGCUUGCUCUGGUUCUGUCUGCCCAACAACGAUAUUCAGAGGCUGAAGUAGUUACUGAUGCUGCUUUAGAUGAGACCGCAAAGUGGGAGCAAGGACCAUUGCUCAGAUUAAAGGCUAAAUUGAAGAUCUCUCAAUCAUUGCCCAUGGAUGCAGUAGAAACAUACCGGUUUCUUCUGGCACUGGUCCAAGCCCAAAGAAAGUAUUUUGGGCCUCUCAGGAGUAGUGCCUCUCAGAUUGAGGAUGACAAGGUCAAUGAGUAUGAAGUCUGGCAAGGUCUUGCAAAUUUGUACUCCAGCCUGUCACAUUGGAGGGAUGCUGAGAUAUGUUUGGAGAAAACUAGAGCACUGCAGCAAUAUUCUGCUGCAGCACUACACACAGAAGGUCUAAUGUAUGAAGGACAGGGGCAAAUUAAAGAGGCAUUGGCUGCUUAUAAUAAUUCUCUUCUACUCGAAGAGAGUUAUGUGCCUUCAAAGGUCCUAAUUGGUGCUUUGCUGUGGAAGAUGAGCCCUAAGGCAUUGCCUGUGGCACGUAGCUUCCUCUCAGAUGCAUUGAGGCUUGAACCCACCAACCGUGUUGCUUGGUAUUAUUUAGGGAUGAUCCACAAGGAUGAUGGACGUUUAGUGGAUGCCUCUGAUUGCUUCCAAGCAGCAUCUAUGCUCGAAGAAUCACAUCCCCUCGAGAGCUUCAGUUCAAUACUGUGAGUUGGUAUUCCAUGGAAGCUUACAGGCAUCAACUUGAAGCUUCAGUUUCAAACUCAGCAACCCUGGUGCUGCUUUGUUGACCAUAUUGCUGAUUAGGUAAGAUUUUCAUUUGUGAUCAUUGUAGAGGGUACAGUUUUGCUGCAAUCAAUAUUUGAUUCACUAUCCAACCCCAGAUAGAGCAUUAUGAGGUAGAUGUAUUUAUUUAUAGAGAGCUUCAGGCUGAUUCAGGGUAUUUCAUGUAAGUGCAGGCCUUGCAUUUAUUAGCCAGAUGUUGUAAAAACAUAUGGAGGAUAAAUGCACAAUAUAUAUCAUUUGCUUUUGUAAUUAUAAUUUUGAUACUUCUUAUUUA